AUGAAGCACUCCACACAGUCAUGCCGUCACACAUCCCACGUGCCACUGGUGACUGGGAACAACAAGGGCAUUGGCCUCGCCAUCGCACGCGACCUGUGCCGGCAGUUCUCCAGAGACGUGGUGCUCACGGCACGGGACGAGGCGCGGGGACGGGCGGCCGUGCAGCAGCUCCAGGGCAAGGGACUGAGUCCGCGCUUCCACCUGCUGGACGUCGACGACCUGCAGAGCAUCCGCGCCCUGCGUGACUCGCGCAAGGAGUACGGAGGCCUGGAUGUGCUGGUGAACAACAUGGGCAUUGCCCUUGCUACUAAUGAUCACACACCCUUACAUAUUCAAGCAGAAGUGACGAUGAAAACAAACUUCUUUGGUACCCGAGACGUGUGCACAGAACUGCUGCCUCUAAUGAGACCCCAAGGCAGAGUGGUCACUGUGUCUAGCAUAACAAGCUUCAUAGUUCUUAACAACUGCAGCUCAGAACUUCAGCAGAAGUUCAGAAGUGAGACUAUCACAGAGGAGGAGCUGGUGGGGCUCAUGAACAAGUUUGUGGAAGACACAAAGAACGGGGUACACAGGAAGGAAGGCUGCCCUGAUAUGAAAGUACUCACAUAUGGAGUGUCAAAGAUGGGUAUCACUGUCCUGUCCAGAAUCCAUGCCAGGAAACUGAGUGAGCAGAGGAGGGGAGACAGGAUCCUUCUGAAUGCCUGCUGCCCUAGGUGGGUGAGAACAGACAUGGGUGGACCUACAGCCAUUAAAAGCCCAGAAGAAGGAGCAGAGACCCCCGUCUACUUGGCCCUUUUGCCCUCAGAUGCUAAGGGACCUCACGAGGAGUUUGUAAUGGAGAAGAAAGAUGAACAAUGGGGACCCCCCUCUCAGUUCCCUCCAUGGGUCCCAUUAUGAUACUUCCAUGAUAUGAACAAAAGGACUACACUGUUAACAAUGUUCAUAUCAGAAGAAGUAGAAGAAGAAGGAGGAGGAAAAGGAGGAGGAGGAAGAAUCACUGUCCAUACUGAGUACUUAAAUUGAAUUGGCUACUAAUUCUGGGAAGUCUUUUGUGAUUUCUUCUGUGAUACAUGAGAAGAAAAAGUGGAAUUAAUGCCAACCAACAAUGAAUGAACAUCAUAGAUGAAUAAACAAUUAUAAGUAAA